AUGGACAAGAUCAUGUGCCUCAAACUCUUUUAUCCACUUGUGCUGCUUUUGCCGCACAUGAGCCCCCUUGGAUUUGUUUCUGGACUUGGGCGUGGGGCUUCUAAUAUCAGGUGCAUAGAGAAGGAAAGGCAGGCUCUCCUUGCAGUAAAACAAGGUCUCGUGGGCAAUCCUGUAGUUUCUUCAUGGGGAAGCAACGCGACAAAAGAUUGUUGCAAAUGGGAAGGAGUCUAUUGUAGCAAACAAACAGGUCAUGUUACUAAACUUGAUCUUUUUAACAUAGGGCAAGAUUUACCUUUCCAGGGUAAGAUUAGUCCUAAACUUUUUGAGUUGCAGCAUUUGGAAUAUUUAGACCUCAGUUUCAACAACUUCAGUCAUAACCAAAUUCCAAAGUCUGUUGGUUCUCUAAGCAAUUUGAAAUUUCUCUACCUCACUGGCUGUGAAUUUGGUGGUGAAGUACCAUAUCAUCAGCUUGGAAACAUUACACACUUGAAAGAACUUGAUCUUGGCUCCAAUUACUUUACUAAUCCAAAAAACCUCGAUUGGCUCCCUCAUCUUUCUUCUUUAACAUCCCUGAACCUUGAUAUGAUGAAUCUCAGUAAUGUUUUAGAUUGGCCAAAAGUAGUUGCUAAGCUCCCUAAACUACAAUCGUUGGUAUUAUCGGAAUGUGAUCUUCCUAUUCCAAUUCUUUCAUCUCUUUCUCAUAUAAACACUUCUAAAUCUCUUUCUUCAGUUCAUCUCUUCAGCAACCGUCUCACCUUUUCAAUAUUCCAUUGGUUGUCAACCUACAGUACAAGCCUUGUUUCCAUUGACCUUUCUGACAACAACUUAAGUGGUUCAAUUCCUGAUGUUUUCGGCAACCUGAGUUCUCUCCUGUAUCUAAAGCUUGCUGAUAACUCAAUAGAAGGACAACUCCCAAAAACCAUUGGCCAGUUAUGUAGUUUGCAAUGGUUGGACCUUGGAGGAAAUAAUCACAGUGGAGAGUUUUCUGAGUUUAUUAAUCAAGUAUUAUUUGGCUGUGCUGGGAACUCAUUAGGAUCAGUAUAUCUCUCUAGCAAUCAACUGACUGGAAGAAUACCUGAAAGAAUAGGUUCAUUGUCCAACUUGGAAGUUUUGGAUGUUAGUAUGAACUCUUUGACAGGAGUGAUGACGGAAGCUCAUUUCUCAAACCUCUCCAAACUGCAAUAUUUAAUAGGAUUAAGGUCUUGCAAAAUCGGGCCAUAUUUUCCAAAAUGGCUUCGAACAUCUCAGAGAAGCUUUGAAUACCUUGAUCUUUCUGAUGCUGGAAUUUCUGAUAUCAUUCCAAGCUGGUUUCAAGAUAACUCUAUGAAUGUCUCUCAACAUACUCGUUAUUUAAAUUUGAGUUCAAACCAAUUGGAAGGGCCAAUUCACUCGCUACCAUCAGAACUGGCAGUUGUGGAUCUAUCCAGUAAUAAACUUUCAGGGAGGAUCUCUUUCUUGUGUGCAAGCAAAAUUGGGAAUUUAACAGUUCUUGAUCUAUCAAGCAAUUCCUUCUACGGAGAACUUCCAAAUUGUUGGAAGCAUUUAGAAAAUCUAGUCAUUCUUGACUUGAGUAACAAUGCUUUUUCUGGAAAAAUUCCUACUUCAAUUGGUUCCCUAGCUUCUCUUGAAACAUUGAAGCUUAGCAACAACAAUUUUGCGGGAGAAUUGCCUUCAUCAUUGAAGAAUUAUACAAACUUACAAUUUUUUGAUAUUGGAGAUAAUAGGAUCACAGGAAUGAUACCUGAAUGGAUAGGGAUUAGCUUUUCGAAGUUGGCUAUCCUCAUUCUUCGAUCUAAUCAAUUUAGUGGAAGCCUGCCUUUGGAAUUAUGCCAUCUGAAAGACAUCCAAAUUUUGGAUUUGUCUAGGAAAUGCUUCUCUGGUACUAUACCUCAAUGCCUGAACAAUCUCACUACUUUGGCUCAAAAAGGAAGUUCAAGCCCAAGCAUCACACACGGUGGAUUUUCAAGCUUUUCUGUUGUACUGUACUAUGAUGCUGCAUCUUUAAUAUGGAAAAGAAGAAUGUCCGAGUACAAAAGCACAUUGGGACUUGUAAAGAGCAUUGAUUUCUCAAGCAACAGAUUAGAUGGGGAGAUUCCUCGUCAAAUCACUGAUCUAAUUGGAUUGGUUUCUUUAAAUCUAUCAAGAAACUAUCUAACAGGUCAAAUGCCUCCUCAAAUUGGGAAGUUGCAGUCAUUAGACUUCCUCGAUUUGUCAAGAAACCAUAUAUAUGGAAGAAUCCCUACAAGCCUUUCUCAGAUAUAUGGUCUUGGUGUCUUGGACUUGUCGAAUAACAACUUAUCAGGUGAAAUACCAAUCGGUACUCAGCUCCAAAGCUUUGAUCCCUCUACUUAUGCAGAAAACCCUCAACUUUGUGGACUUCCACUACAAAAGACCUGCCCUACAGGAGAAACAAGGUCCAAACAAGUUCCUAAAGAAGAAGAGGACGAGCUUAUAUCAUUCGGAUUUUAUGUCGGCAUGGGGCUUGGGUUUGCUGUUGGAUUUUGGGGAGUUUGUGGCAGUUUGAUAUUCAACCGGUCAUGGAGAUAUACAUACUUUGGUUUCUUGAAUGUUUUAUUGGAUUGGCUUUAUGUGAGGACAAUGUUGAUUAGGCGC